AUGGAUUCUAGAAAUGUGUCAUCUGAGACUUUAAGGAACAAGUGUGCAGCUUGCUUCAGACAAUUCAACAGAAUGGAGCACCUACUGGAGCACAUGAGAAUCUCCUAUCAUUCAGUUCAUGAACCCAUGUGUGGAAUCUGUAAGAAACACUGCAGAUCUUUUGAAUCCUUAAGGGAACAUCUUAUAGGGCCAUUGCCUAAACAAGAAUGCAGAAAUAUUUUCAGUAUCCGAGGAUGUAAAUUUUGCUUAAGCAUCUUCGAUAGCUAUAGUUCUUGCAUGAUUCAUCAAGAAAGAUGCCAACUAUCAAAUCUUAAUGCUGGACUAAGUGCUCGCAUGUCCAAUUUAGGCCUGCGAGACAACUUGACAAUUGAUAAUGGUUACACAAUAGGUCAUCAAGUUGUUGCUCUCGCUUGCAAAAUGGUGGGAGGAGGCAGUGAUGGCACUCUAGACCUUUGUGGAAGGGUUUGCCUCAUUGAUGAGAAUGAAAAUAUUAUCUUCCACACUUAUGUCAAACCACCAAUUCCUGUUACCAACUACAGGCACGAAAGCACAGGCAUUCGGCCUGAAUAUCUGAGGGAUGCAAUGCCACUGAAGCUGGUUCAGUCCAAGAUUCAAAACUUCCUAUGCAAUGGAGAACCGAUGUGGAAAAUUCGACCCAAAGGAGGAAAAGCAAGGAUUCUUGUGGGUCAUGGUUUGGACCAUGAUCUUGAUCGUCUCCAACUAGAAUAUCCUGCUGUAAUGAUCAGGGAUACAGCAAAAUAUCCUCCAUUGAUGAAAACAAGCAAGCUCAGCAACUCACUCAAGUACCUAACACAGGCCUAUCUUGGGUAUGAAAUUCAAACUGGCCUACAAGAUCCUUAUGAGGAUUGUGUUGCAACAAUGAGGCUUUACAUGAGAAUGAGAUCCCAAAGACAUACAGUAGAAAUUUACCCACUUGCUUCAGACCCACAAAAUCGAAACAAUUUCGCUUCAUGGAGGCAAGCUGAGCUUGAAAGGAUGAGCCCUGAAGAAAUGCUUGCAAUAUCAAGGUCUGAUUACUAUUGUUGGUGCUUGGACUCCUAGAGGAAAUGGAUGUUAAUUCCUACACCAAUGAAACUAACUUAAUCGAUCAACACAUAGGAGAUAUAUUUACGUGUGUUGAUUAGUAGAAGCAAGGACUUCAAGAUUAUCCAAUAUUUAAGAUAGUAAUUAAUAAAUUGGAAAUAUAUAUAUAUCGCAAUGCCUUGUAGAACUAAAUUUAUGUGCUACUAUAUGUGUGAUUGUACAA